AUGGCGGCAGUAUAUAAGACAGUCAACAAGAAGAAGUCUCGGCAGCCUGCCGAAGAUGACGAAAUGGCAAUGGAAAUCGAAGAACUCCUCGCCGGAGCGGACGAUACCAGCGAUAGCGACGAGGACGAAGAGGAGCAGACUGCCGAAGCGGCCAAGAAGCAGCUCGCUGCUGGAUUCAUGCCCAAGACUCGGGUCCUCAUGUUGACUUCAAGAGGCGUGACAUACCGCCAUCGGCAUUUGCUGUCGGAUCUCUGCUCCUUGCUCCCACACACACACAAAGAAAGCAAAUUAGAUACGAAGAAGAAGACCGCCGGCUACAACCUACUCCUGAACUCGCUUGCGGAUCUGCAUUCCUGCAACGUCAUUUUCUUCCUCGAAGCUCGCAAGCGUGGUCAAGAUUUGUAUCUGUGGCUCGCUCGUCCUCCUAACGGCCCUACGAUUAAGUUCCACUUGACCAACCUGCAUACAAUGGGUGAACUGAAUACCGGAUUCAGCGGCAACUGCUUGAAGGGUGGUCGGGGUGUCGUCGUUUUCGAUCGGUCUUUCGAUGAACAGGGCCCCGUCAUGAGUGAACCCGGCAACGAGUAUAGAGGUUUGAUCAGAGAAAUGCUGCGUGGGGUUUUCUGCGUCCCCAAGCGCGGUGUCAAGGGACUGAAGCCUUUCAUCGACCGUGUUAUUGGUGUGUUUGGCGUGGAUGGAAAGAUUUGGAUCAGAGUCUACGAGAUCAGAGAGUCCGAGGCAGGAGGCAAGAAGGAUCAGGAUGAUGAGACCGUCAAGCCUAUCCCCAAGGGCAAGGACAGUUUGCCGGAAGUUUCUCUCGUGGAGGUCGGCCCCCGUUUCGUUCUUACACCAAUCGUUAUUCUGGAGGGCAGCUUUGGCGGUCCCGUCAUUUACGAGAACAAGGAGUAUGUGAGCCCGAACCAGGUCCGCAGUGAAGUCCGCUUGAGCAAGGCCGCUCGCUACGCGAAGCGUCGUGAUGUCCAGACCAACCUGAUCUCGAAACGGACCACACUGGGCUUGACGGAGGGCGAGAGGAAGCCUGAUGCGCUCGACACCAAGAAGCUCUUUUCUUAG